CGUGACGCACUUGGAUCUUGCUUUUCUGGGCUGGUUUUGGUUGUUUGCAGGCCUUGUGGCAACAAGUAGUGGUCAAGGCGAUCGACAACUGCUUUUGUAGAGAAACGCUUGUACCAGAAUUAAUCUCACGGAACAGGAAGAUUUGCCUCCCAUGGAUGCUCUGGAGUUUAACAAUAACCUACUGAUAUGCGGAAGUUACUCGUCACAAAAUGGCUCGGGUAUUGUUCAGAUCUGGGACGUGGAUGCUCUCCUUGAGUGCUGCAGAUUUCCAGCAAAUGACAUGUUUAUAACUGAUGCAGCAGGAACAGUUGUUGUGACAGGCCCAGGCGAUGGAACAGUCGGCUUAUUUGAUAUCCGGAGCUAUGGUGCCUCUUGGCCCCCGUUGAGAGGUUGCUUCCGUUUCUUACAGUUCCUGUGGAAGAUAUCUCCCACGGCAAACAAAGCAGUCGUUUGGGACACAUGGUUAAUGCCAAUGGAGACCCGUGACCGCUGCGUUAGCUCCCCGCUUGCAGUAGCCACCCCCACCCCAGGCUCCCGGCCUACGAAGGCGUUACACUGUUUGAGUCGUGGAAAGCCAAUGCCUGCGGCAGAAAACGCAUGCCAGCGCGCUGGCUUUGUGGGUGCUGGAGACCAAGGAGGAAAUUAUGCUCUCUGGUUUAGCAGCGAGUGGAGAAAUGGCAGCGUGGCUCUUUGGGAUGUUACACUUGGAGAACCAUGCCCCGUUUCAGUAUCUUCUGAUGGAUGCUGGUACUUUCUAUUCAAGUUUUGUUUCUUUGUUGUAUGAAAAUUCAUAAUCAUCGCCAUCGAAACUGGCGGUUAACACACCCGAUUCCAGGAGAAGCAGCAAGCGGUAGAACGAGAUUUGUAGCCUUCUUGUGCUCAAGUGUGUUUGGUGUAGCUUCUUCGUGUUGAGAAGUGGCGGUCAUUGCGAACCAGAAUGCUUGGAGCUCAGAGAUCCGAGCGCGGUUGGAUAUGGGAGAGCUGAGCCGCGGGGAUCGUAAGAGAAAUGGUGAGAGAGGGUUAUAGAAAUCCUGACAAGCUCUUGUGUUUUAUACUGUGAGAUCUCGGUCGAAGUGAAGCGCCUGUGCUAGAGCCAUUUACGUAAGUUCUCCUUGCUUUGAGACUGUGCGUUUAUGCGAGGAAGACGAAGAUGGUAAAUAAAGGAAAAACUCUACAGAA